AUGGUGUCCAACGGUCAGGUCAAUGGCCAUGUUUCUCAGGCGUCGUUGAAGAUCCCAAGAUAUCCCAGCAAUUGCCUCGAAUUCUUAAACGAUCCAUUAUCGUGUGAAAAGACCCUUCCUUCAAAGGUCCGCCUAAACAUCAUCGUUGUCGGCGCUGGACUCGGCGGACUAGCAACAGCCAUCGCGCUCGCAAGUUCCGGCCACGCCGUGACUGUCUACGAGCAAGCACAGAAGCUCGGAGAAGUCGGUGCUGGUAUCCAAAUCCCAUCCAACUCAACCCGCCUCCUAAGCAGACUCGGUCUGGACCCAUAUCUGAAAGAGUAUGUGACCGAGCCAGAGUUCAUUUCCUUCCGACGCUGGCAAUCAGGGGAUGUUAUUGGGCUCACGCGACUCAUCCCGAGCUUCCAAGAACGGUUCGGCGCGCCGUACUAUGUGAUCCACCGCGCAAAUUUCCAUUCUGCGCUACAUCAACGCGCGCUAGAUCUGGGUGUCACGGUUAAGGUUGCUUCGCGAGUUGUGGGAUAUAACGUCGAGGAACCGAGCAUUGUUCUCGAGAAUGGUGAAAAUGCUUCGGCUGAUUUGAUCGUUGCUGCAGAUGGUGUUAAGUCGGUUGCUCGAGGGAUUUUUGACCAGAGCGGCAAGCCCUCAUUCGAGAAGACCGGGUUCGCAGCUUACCGAGCUACUGUGGACGUGGAGCGCAUCAAGGAAGACCCGGAACUUUCUUGGCUGUUGGAAAAGCCAGCUCUCAAUAUAUGGGUCGGUGAUCAGCGGCACGUAAUGACAUACACCAUCGGAGCCGGCAAGUCUUUCAACAUGGUUCUUUCGCAUCCAGAUGACAGUGACCCCUCAACCUGGGAUCAGCAAAAUACUCUUGGGGAUAUGAGACGCGAGUUCCAAGGAUGGGACAGUCGGCUUGAGAAGAUUAUCGGACUUAUCGAGAAAACCAUCAAAUGGCCAUUGAUCAGUGGAGUCCCUUUAUCUCGCUGGAUGAAUGGCAAGGUGUUACUCCUAGGAGAUGCAGCACAUGCAAUGCUGCCUUACAUGUCACAGGGCGCGGCAAUGGCUGUCGAAGACGGCGCAGCACUAGCACGCUCACUGUCUAAAAUUGAGAACACCGCAGACAUCCCCAAAGCAUUGAGUAUUUUCGAGCAGGUCCGCAUCGAGCGAGCUGGAAUGAUGCAGGAGGCCAGUCUUCUGAAUGGAAAGCUGUGGCAUUUCGCCGAUGGGCCGACUCAGGAAGCCCGUGAUGUAGCUAUGAAGCCUGAGACUUUGGGUUUGCCUUUCAGUCAUAGCCCUAAUCAGUGGAGUGACCCGGCGACUCAGAUGUGGUGCUAUGGAUAUGAUGCCGAGAAAGAGAUUGAUCGAGCCUGGAAGAAAUCGGAAUUGUAG